CCAGUAAAGAAAUCCUCCCGUGGACGGAGCGCGAGCGGCAGGUGCGAGAAGAGGAGACACGCGCACACCCUCUCUCCCUCUCUUUCUCACGUGCGCGCACACGCACACAGACACAAACACCUCGUCCGCUCACGCGCCCCGACGUUGGACUUUUGGGACUUUUAUUUGCGCGCAACGGCACGGGAAUGAACACGGACGGGCCGGACGGAGCCGCUAGCGCACUCCCGUACGCCGCCGAGGCGCGCCCCUGGCUCGCCCCCUCGCACACGCCACGCGCCGCCCACCCGCCGCGUCCAAACCGCGGCUCUUCCAGCCCCCCCGUGGCCAAGGCUGGCAGCAGCACCGUGGCCGUGCAGAAGCAGCGGCGCAUCGCGGCGAACGCGCGCGAGCGGCGGCGCAUGCACGGCCUGAACCACGCCUUCGACGAGCUGCGCAGCGUCAUCCCGGCGCUGGACAACGACAAGAAACUGUCAAAGUACGAGACGCUGCAGAUGGCGCAGAUCUACAUCAGCGCGCUCGCGGACCUGCUGCGCGCACCCGGCUCGUCGCCCGUGCCACCCGGCGCGCUAAGGCGCGAGGACGAGUCGCGCGCAGGUCGCAGUGACGGAGAACUGUCUCCGCACUCGCACUUCAGCGACUCGGACGAAGCGCACGCGGAACUGCCCAGCGAGGACGAGCUGAGCGAGCUGAGGGCACUCGGACACGGAGCAUUUUAAAGACAGACCCCCGACAACACGGGGGUCCCUAAAAAUGAUGCCGAGAAGCCAGAGAGAGAAAGAGGAGAGACUGGCCAGCAUUUUCGUGUCAAUCGUGGAGUUUGGAGUUCCAAAAGUUUGAAAAAGCGCGCCGUCUCUGAUUCCCACCCGCACCGAGGGCUCAUCACGCCUCCCUCAUGCUGGGAUUGGUCACCGUAUCUGUCCGCCGGUGCUACGACUGGCUGCCAGUCGUGCCAGAAUACGGGUGGGAAACGAAACGACAAGACGACGCUCUUUCCUCUCUGAUCUUCACAAUAAGGCCUACUCAGCUGUCCUGGUGACUUUGUGACUUUUUUCAAACCUAAAUGUAAUUUUUAAAGACUCCUUCGCCAACACAAAUGAUUCUUUUUGCCUUUUCCUGAAACUGAAAAAAAAAAAACCACGACGCCAUCGAGCAGCAGUGCCAUGGGCUCGAAUGUCAUGAAAAAGCUGUCUUCCAUAUAAAAUGACCGACCCGUUUUAUGCAUUUCAUUGAAUUGAUGAUUUGUUUGAGCUGUCUAAAGAUUCUGCGACUUCUAAAGUUUACUUGCACUUUAAACACGGGCCAUAGGCUUGAGGAACAUGCUUUUUUGUAAUGAAAAGGUUUUGUUGUUUUUUUUUUUUGUGUAGCCUAGUAAUGCCAAUUUGAUGAAGAUAUUUAAUAGGAGCCAUUAGAUGUUUUGUAUAUUUGUUGCUUUUGAAUAUUAGAUUCCAAUGCGAGGUUUUUCUUCAUUGUUGUUUUGUUUUUUGCUUCUGUUUAAAUAAUUAAUUUAUUCUUUUUUGUCCAACUUGUGUUUUUUGUUAUUUUAUGUUUUUGAAAAUAGAGAAUUUGCCACA